UUGUUUGUCACUGCAGGAGUAAUCUUCCUUAUUGAUUCAAAAUUAUUUAAUCACAGCUACUUAUACAGAGAACUUUCUUCCUUCUGUAAUGGAACUUCUUCUGAUUCAGAUGGUAAGGAUUGUUCUUUUGGGGUUAAAGAAGAAGACAUAGGAAAGAAUGAGGGUUCAAAAUCAGUAGUAGAUGCAGUUUGCCGCAUUUUGAUGAGUGGUCCUUGGGGACCCAUGUUAGAAAAUGCUCUAUCUAUAUUGGACGAAAAACCUCAGCAAGAAUUUGUCAUUGGAGUCUUAAAGAAGCUAAAAGAUGUCAAUUUGGCCAUUAACUAUUUCCGAUGGGCAGAAAGAAAUACCUCUAAAGUAAGUUUAGAAGCAUACAAUUUGCUUCUUGGGAUAAUGGCUAGCAGUAAAAACUUUGAUCAUUUGGAGAAAAUUCUGGAGGAAAUGAGCCUGGGUGGAUUUGAGCCUUCAAAUGACUCUUGCAUCGAGUUAGUUGCUAGCUGUGUCAAGGCCCAGAUGCUGGCAGAAGCUUAUAAUCUCAUUCAAAUGAUGUGGAAGUUAAGAUUCCGUCCUGCAUUUUCGGCUUAUACAACUUUGAUUGGUGCUCUUGCUAAGGUUCGUGAACCUGAUCUUGCACUCACCCUGUUUCGUCAGAUGCAGGAGUUAGGGUAUGAUGUGAAUGUUCAUUUGUUUACUACUCUUAUCCGUGUAUUUGCCAGGGAAGGCCGACUUGGCAUGGCUCUUUCUUUAUUGGAUGAGAUGAAGAAAGACUUUUUUGAUGCAGAUAUUGUUCUUUAUAAUGUUUGUAUAGAUUGCUUCAGUAAGUUGGGUAAGGUAGAUAUGGCCUUGAAAGCGUUCCAUGAGAUAAAAGCUCAAGGCCUUGUUCCAGAUGACAUCACGUAUACAAGCAUGAUAGGGGCUCUAUGUAAAGUUAAUAGACUUGCUGAAGCUAUGGAGCUAUUUGGGCAGAUGGAAGUUAGCAGGAAUGUCCCCUGUAAUUAUGCUUAUAGUACCAUCAUCAUGGGCUAUUGUUCUGCUGAAAAUUUUGAUGAGGCUUACAGGUUACUUGAGCGGCAGAAAGAGAAGGGUUGCAGUCCGAGUGUCAUUAUAUAUAAUGGCAUCCUCACUUGCCUUGGGAAGAAGAGGAGAGUGGACGAGGCUUUUAGGAUCUUUGAGAAGAUGAAAAAAGAUGUGAUGCCUAAUCUUAAAACCUAUAAUAUACUCAUAGACAUGCUUUGCAGAGCAGGAAAGCUUGAGGAUGCUUUUGAGAUUCGUGAUGCCAUGGAAGGGGCUGGUUUAUAUCCUAAUAUAUUGACUUUGAACAUAAUGGUAGAUAGGCUGUGCAAGGCUAGAAAGCUGGAUGAAGCUUGGAGUAUCUUCAGUGGCAUGGAUCAAUUGGGCUGCACCCCAAAUGUAAUUACAUUCUGUUCUUUGAUAGAUGGAUUGGGUAAAAAUGGUAGGGUGGAUGAUGCUUACCAAUUGUUCGAAAGAAUGUUGGAUGCAGGUGAGGUCCCAAAUGCUUUUGUUUACACAUCUCUCAUUAGAAACUUCUUCAAGUGUGGCAGGAAGGAAGAUGGUCACAAGAUCUACGGAGACAUGGUCCAUGGAGGCUAUUCUCCCGAUCUAACCCUUCUUAACACCUACCUGGAUUGUGUUUUAAAGGCUGGUGAAAUUAAAAAAGGGAGGGCCUUGUUUGAGGAAAUUAGGGCCUGGGGUUUUGUUCCUGAUGUAUGGAGCUACUCAAUUCUCAUCCAUGGCCUUGCGAAUGCUGGCCAUGCAUCAAAGACCCAUGAGUUGUUCUUUGCAAUGAAGGAACAAGGUUGUGUUCUUGAUGUUUGUGCUUACAAUGCCAUCAUUUAUGGAUACUGUAAGUCAGGUAAGAUGAAUGAAGCCUACCAGCUGCUCAAGGAGAUGAAGAUGGAGGGUCAUGCUCCCACCAUUGUUACAUAUGGAUCAGUGAUUGAUGGGCUUGCCAAGAUUGAUCGGCUGGACGAUGCAUACACGCUCUUUGAAGAAACAAAAUCAAAUGGGAUAAAAUUUAACGUAGUUGUCUAUGGCAGUCUUAUAGAUGGGUUUGGAAAGGCAGGUAGAAUUGACAAAGCCUACAGGAUCAUGGAAGAAUUGAUUGAUAAGGGUUUGACAGCUAAUUUAUCCAUAUGGAACUGCCUGCUUGAUGCCUUAGUUAAGGUGGAGGAAAUCAAUGAAGCCCUUAUUUGCUUCCAGUGGAUGAAAGACGAGAAAUACAGCCCUAACGCUAUCACUUAUAGUAUUCUUAUAAGAGCUCUCUGUCGCAUUCGGAAGUUCAGAAAGGCCUUUACGUUAUGGCAAGAGAUGCGGAAACAAGGUUUAGACCCUGAUACAAUCACCUACAACACUAUGAUCUCUGGGCUUGCAAAGGCAGGUAACAUAGCGGAGGCUAAACAAUUGUUUGAAAAGUUGAAGCUAGAAGGGAAUGUGCCGGACUCUGCUGCUUGUAAUGCUCUGGUACAAGGUCUUAGUAAUGCUAAUCGAGCACUUGACGCAUACAUGAUAUUUGAGGAAACCUUGUUGAAAGGUUACAACCUCUAUGCCAAGACCUGCAUUGUCCUUUUGAAUGCAUUGCAGAAAGCUGAGUGUCUUGAGCAAGCAGAAGUUGUUGGUGCUGUGUUGGAGGAAACAACAAUCUCUCAACAAGCCUCAAGAUCAUUGUAACAAUGGGGGCAGUUGCUCCAGAAGUAUAUAUAGUUUCGACUAAAAAUUUGAAUAGAGAGCAUACAGCUGAGAGGCUGCCAAGGAAUAUGGUGCUCAUCUGGACAGUAAGGUCUAAAAAUCAAGUGGUUACUUUCAUUUUCUUUGUUGACUUGUGACCUUAAUGAUCUCCAUGCUGGGGCAAUUUAGUUAUGAUACAACCUCAGGAUUCCAUCUGAUUCAUGCAGUGGCGCAUCAAUUUACCAACAUGGUCAGACUCGCAUUUGUAUCAGGUAUCACUCUGAUGUAGGAGACCUUGGGGUACUUCCUACAACAAGGAAUUGCAAUCACCUUAGAUGAUUAAUCUGAUUUUCUUUUUCCCCAUAUGAGAAAAUGUUAUAUAGCUUCUAAUUAUAAUUACAAGCAUCUGAUUUAAUUUUGCAGAUCUUCUAGUGGAGCCUACAGAAGGAUCUUCCAUUGAAAACUGUAAGAUACAUCCUUCUAUUUGUUUUCUUCCUCGUAGGGCUAUGUACCCUAGUGUUUUCUAGGAUAUGGAUAUACUAGUAAAUGGGGGUAACUCUGUAUCCUUUGGUGUCCUCUUGAUGCAAUUUCUUUUUAGUUUUGAACUCUAUCGGUCAUCCCAUAACCCUUCCAAGUAACUAAUGCGAGAACUCCUCCCCCUCUCCCACC